AUGCCCUCCAAAAAGGUCCUCAUCAUCCUCAGCGAUGCCGACUCCUUCCCCAUGAAAAAGACCAGCGGCGCCCACCAGGGCGAAACCGUCGACCAGCCCUCCGGCUUCUUCCUCCAAGAACUUGCCAAACCCUUACAGAAGCUCCUCGACGCCGGCCACGAAGUCACCUUUGCUUCCCCCAAGGGCCACGAGCCCACGCCCGACCCCAACAGCGAGACCCUCCUCGCCUACGCAGGCAACUUUUACGAACGCCGUCGCGAGCAGGAUCUCAUCGAGCGCAUGAAGAAAGAGAACGGCUUCACUCGGCCCCGGACGUUCCAGUCCCUCGGUGACGACGAGCUGGCCACGUUUGCAGGCGUGUUUAUCCCCGGCGGACACGCGCCUCUGAAGGAUCUGGGGGACGAUCCGGAGUUGGGACGGAUCCUGCGAUACUUUAACAAGGAGAACAAGCCGACGGCGGUGAUCUGUCACGGGCCGUAUGCGCUGUUGAGUACCCAGUAUGCGGGCGAUGGGUCAUUUGUGUACAAGGGGUAUCAGAUUACGUCGUGGAGUGAUGCGGAAGAGAAGAUGAUGGAGACCUUGAUGGGUGGGGAGAUUGAAAAGGUCGAGUCGGCGUUGCGGGCGGCGGGAGCGGAGAUGGUGGAGGGACUGGCGGAGAAGGUGGGCUCGACGACGCUGCAUCGUGAACUGGUCAGUGCGGCCAACCCGAUGGCGGCGAAUGAAUUGGGGGAUCGGUUCUUGCGCAUGAUUAGUGUCUAA